UGGAGUAUAAAAAGGUGUGCGCUAAUAAAGUAUGAUGCCUAUCAGAGUGCGACAUUAAUCCAAACGCAGCGCGCACACGCACCGGGGGAUCUGUUUCAUUUGUUUCUUCCCUGAACCGAAGAUCCCAGCAGCCACAAUGCAUCCGUCUCACUUCGUGCUCUAUCUCACUUUACUGGUGGCUGUGGGACCAGUGGUUCUGAGUGAGCAGGAGACGCACCAUCAGCAGCCCUCCGCCAGCAGCCCGGAGGACGCGGAGCCGUGCGCCACCUGCGAAGUCCGGCAGCAGAUAAAGACCAUGCGGCUGAACGCUAUCAAAUCUCAGAUCCUGAGCAAGCUGCGGAUGAAGGAAGCUCCGAACAUCAGCCGGGACGUCGUGAAGCAGCUCCUGCCCAAAGCGCCGCCGCUGCAGCAGCUCCUCGACCAGUACGACGUGCUGGGAGAUGACAACAGGGUGGUGGUCAUGGAGGAGGAUGAUGAGCACGCCAUCACGGAGACAAUCAUGAUGAUGGCCGUUGAACCCGAACCCAUCGUCCAAGUGGAUGCGGAGCCCAAGUGCUGCUUUUUCUCUUUCACCCAAAAGUUCCAAGCCAGCCGCGUCGUGCGCGCGCAGCUCUGGGUGCACUUGCGACCGGCGGUAGAGGCGACCACCGUGUUCCUGCAGAUCUCCCGCCUCAUGCCGGUCACGGACGGGAGCCGGCACAUACGGAUCCGUUCCCUGAAGAUCGACGUGAACGCCGGGGUCAGCUCCUGGCAGAGUAUAGACGUCAAGCAGGUGCUGAGCGUGUGGCUGCGGCAGCCGGAGACCAACUGGGGCAUCGAGAUCAACGCCUUCGAUUCGAGGGGCAACGACUUGGCCGUGACCUCCACGGAGCCCGGAGAGGAAGGACUGCAACCGUUCAUGGAGGUGAAGAUCUCCGAGGGCCCGAGGCGAGUGAGGAGAGACGCCGGCCUGGACUGUGACGAGAACUCCCCGGAGACCCGGUGCUGCCGCUACCCGCUCACCGUGGACUUUGAGGACUUUGGCUGGGACUGGAUUAUUGCACCGAAGCGCUACAAGGCCAACUAUUGCUCUGGGGAGUGUGAGUACAUGCACCUGCAGAAGUAUCCCCACACCCACCUGGUGAACAAGGCCAACCCCAGAGGGACCGCGGGCCCCUGCUGCACCCCCACCAAGAUGUCGCCCAUCAACAUGCUCUACUUUAACCGCAAGGAGCAGAUCAUCUACGGCAAGAUCCCCUCCAUGGUGGUGGACCGCUGUGGAUGCUCUUGAGUCGGGACUGGAGAGCAUCGGGAGGACGGGGGGGUGGUGGUGUUGGGGGGGGCGGCGCAGUGGCUCACCCCGGCCUCCACCUUCAGACUUGUUGACACAACCAAUCCACCAGUUCCAAUGCUUUCCUCCAGAACAUGGUGCAGUAGAACCAGAGUAGAGGCCACACACAGCCCGACCUUUCCUGCAGGGCAGCGCUUUCACAACCGGCAUAGCUCCUUUCUCUCGACCUGUGAAGUCGUAGCCAUAGAGGCUUGAAGUCAGAACAAUACAGGAACACAACGUAAACACGAACGCACACACAUGCUGCGCGUCGGAACGAAUGUAGACACAAACGAUCAAGACUAGUAAACAAAAUACCACAACUGUUCUCUCCCUUUAUCCAAACGUGCUGACAGAUUAUACUCACAUGCCGUCCACUCCACUCCACUCAUACUCAACAUACAAGCUCAUACACAUUUUGCUAUAAGCUGUUUGUGAUCAUUUGUUUUUCUUGGAGUUGUGUUUUCAGAGCGAAACAAACCGAGAAUCCUCAAGGACUAUUUGAAGAGGGCUUGGAAAACCGAGCUGGAGAUUCAGAGCAGUAGGAGCUGAAUCAUACACAAAACGUACUCACAACAUUUUGGAAAAUUAGACACACAACAUUGUUUUCCUUUUUCUGUAUACUGGCUUGAACUAAUUCAUUCUCUGCUCUGAUUACUAAUGGAGCUGCGUGCGAUGUGGAGGUGUCGAUCACUCCUGAGAUCCUACACACGGACACACAAAACAUGUUCCAGACACACAAACCCAAACCAAGAAGCAUUCUCUCUCUCUCUCUCUCUCUCAGUCACAAUCACGUUCCACCCCCGCAGAGCCAGACCCGCCCAAUACACUUGAAUGAUUCUGAUUGUAAAUUCACACGACUGGACAGAAGGACUUGAACUGAAGGCACCAGGAAUGCAGCCUACAAAUGAAAAUGUGUUUAAGACAGAGAAACUGGGUUGUUCGGAUGAAUGAAUGUGGAGAUCAUGCUUAAACUCUGUCUUACAUCAACACAGUUUGCACUAUGGCACACCAAUAGAAAACAUUGGUUGCUACAAAAGUUGUAAAAUUGAUUUUGAUAUAUUUGCUUAUUUGUAUUGUAUACAUAUGCCAUUGUUUCCAGUAGGAGUUGCCUUUCUAAACCACUGUUGGUAAAAUGUACGAAAACCACAAUCCAUCAGAAAAUGUAAUACAGCGACUCUAUAUACUUGUUUUAACAAAUAAAGUUUCUAGCUUGUU